AUGCCCGCAGUCAUGCUCUACAUCCAACGCACCCACCAUAUCACUCAACCGCCCAUGGCACCAAAGCCCCACCACCGUGAAACCAGAAAGUGGUGGUGGCGUCCGCAAGCCGGGCAGCAGCCCAAUGCCAAGACCCGUAGCAAGUUGACGUCUAGCAAUGUUGCUCGCUUGCCCAGCAGCAUCCCAGGCUCCCCCGCACCCGGCUCACCCGGACUUCCGCCUGCAUCCGCCCAGCAGCGAAAGCCGACCGCCGCGUCCAACCUUUCGUUUGCAGACUCUCCCCCCCACUCUGACGGUGGAUCGAGGAGUGACCGUCCCCCUCCGCGCCGACAGGGAACCUCCAACACCUCGGGCUCCGGAUCGUCCCCGCACGCCUCGCCCACGGCGACCCGUCACCCGAAGCACCACUCCGGCCCCCUCCACGACCUCCGCCGUUUCCUGAACCACCAUAUCGGCCACUCGGACCAGAAGGAUAAGGACCGCUACCAAAACUCGAUUGCGCAGCAGGCCCUGCACCAGCAUCUCGACGAGUCGAGCACCAACUCGACCGGCACCCCGUCGUUAUCCGGUGCUGCCACGCCCGGAAACCAGGUACGAGGCAGCCAGUUCUUUGGCGCCGGCGGAGCCGCUAGUUCCGGAAACUCGACGCCCACGAGCCAGCUGCCCGAUGGAGUCGGCAAGGACCGCGACAAGGAUCAUCACGGACACCACUCCUCGCAUCUCGUCGGCUUCAUGAAGCACCACCACCGCGACAAGGACGGCGAAAAGUCGCACUCGUCGCUUGCGUCCUUCUUUGGCGGCGGCUCGAAGAAGAAGGACAAGGAGCGCCAGCAGCGCGCCGCCCACGCCGGCGUCGAGGAUCAUGGCUCGCGUCCGUCCCACCACGCCAGUGGACACGCGACGCCUAAGAACCUGAACGACUACCCCGGCGUCCCUGGCCCUGUUAUCGCGCUGACGCACCCGUCGUCCAUCGAGGCGACGCACGCGCACCUCUCCAAAAAGUACGGCAAGUGGGGUCGCGUUCUUGGCUCUGGCGCCGGCGGCACUGUCCGUCUCAUCAAGGCGUCGCAAAAGACUGGCGGCAGCACUUAUGCCGUCAAGGAGUUCCGUCCCCGCCGCCAGGGCGAGACGGAAAAGGAGUACCUGCGCAAGGUCACUGCCGAGUUCUGUGUCGGUGUGACGCUGCAUCACAUCAACGUCAUUGAGACGGUCGACAUUGUCUGCGACCACGGCCACUACUACGAGUAUGCGCCGUACGAUCUGUUCUCGGUCGUCAUGUCGGGCAAGAUGAACCGGCCAGAAAUCUACUGCGUGUUCCGCCAGAUCAUUGAUGGCGUCAACUAUCUGCACUCAAUGGGUCUUGCGCACCGCGACCUCAAGCUCGACAACUGUGUAAUGACGUCGGACAACAUUGUCAAGCUCAUUGACUUCGGAACCGCGACCGUGUUCCACUACCCCGGCAAGCACCAGAUUCCCGCUUCCGGCGUCGUCGGCUCCGACCCCUACCUCGCGCCCGAGGUCCUUACGAGGGACACGUACGACCCGCGGUUGACUGACGUCUGGUCGGUCGCCAUCAUCUUCAUGUGCAUGAUUCUGCGCCGCUUCCCGUGGAAGAUUCCCGACUACAAGACGGACAUGUCGUUCAAGCUCUACGUCAACACGCACCCGGAUCUGUGCCAGAAGCCGCAGACCAAGACGCCCGCGCCCUCGGUCAUGAACGGCACGGACGCGCACAACCGCCAGGGCGGCCGCGACACGCUGCUGCCCGACGGCAGCUCCAAGCUCCCCUUCAAGCGGACGCCGAGCAACUCGACGCAGAGCACUGCUGUCGACAGCCGUGUCAGCGAGGUCAGCAGCACAACGUCGCACGGUAGCACGGACACGUUUACGCCGCGCGUCGACCGCCUCAAGCUUACCGAGUCGCCGCAAAAGGACCGCUCUGACCAGUACUUCCCGCGACGACACGACUCGACUGCUUCGCUCCCGCCCAACACGAACCCGCAGUAUGCGCGCCAGCUAUUUGCUUGGGACUGCUGCCGGCUCCGUAUCCCCGUCACUUACAACUGCUGCAAUAGCACACCACCACCACCACUAUCAGAUCCCACCCCUCGCCCCGUUCCACCCUCUUCCAUCCACUACUCUUACUCACUCUCCAUCUCGCUCCCGCAGCCCGUCUCCCCCACGCGCGCGGCCCAGCCGAUGCCCCGCAACCGCGCCUCGUCGACGUCGGGCGCGCAGCCCACCGUGCCGCUGUCCAAGGAACAGACGCAGCAGCGUGCGCAGCAGCAGCAGAAGCGCCGCGAGCGCGCUGCCUCCAUCUCCUCGACUCGGACGUACCAGACGGGCGGCGCCGAGUCCAUCUUCCGCCUGCUCCCCCGCGAGUCGCGCUCAGCCAUCAUGCGCAUGCUCGCCGUCGAGCCCAGCAUCCGCUGCACGCUCUCCGACCUCUUACACGGCACCGGCAAGGAUGACCAGAUGUGUCCCUGCGGCCGCGGCGAGUGUGGCGGCAACCUCGCCCGCCCGCCCGCCCGCCCGAGGAGCUGA